UAUCAUUCAUUGCGGUGGCAUAGGUAACCUUGAAAAGGCCACCCUCGGAGCGUUACUACUUCAGUCGAACCCGCCGAGGUUUACUUAGUCUCCAGCAGUCUCCAGCGGCGACGACCAGAUCGGAACUGAUCUCGAUGAAACGUUGAGGCAAAGUGCGAUCCUUCUACGGCACGCUGUGAAGGAAGAAAAUUCUAUAAGAGAGCGAGAGAGAAAGAGAGAGGAAGUAGAAAGAGUGUCGAUGAUCUCUAUCGUUAAAUAAAAUGUCAACGUGAAAUAGAGUUGCCGAGGCUGGUGUGUUGUACGCGGCGGUAGAGUGCAGAGGUUAUAUUUCGAUCUCCGUGACACCUCCGGGAGGUGCGGAGCGAGGAUGUCGUUCGCGAGGGAUUGAACGCGCCGUUGUUGAAGCGGUACAGUCGGCGGACAGCAUGGUGCAGCGCCCGGUCACGUCUCGACGCAACGUCAGGAUACUGCUCAUCGGCGAGCGCGGCGUCGGCAAGACCUCGCUGAUACUGUCCCUCGUGAGUGAGGAGUACGCGGAGGAGGUUCCGAGUAAGGCCGAGGAGAUCACGAUACCGGCGGAUGUCACUCCGGAGCAGGUGCCGACGCAUAUAGUCGAUUACUCAGCGGUGGAGCAAACAGAGGAUCAACUAGCAGAAGAGAUUCAAAAGGCACACGUGAUAUGUGUAGUUUACUCCGUGGACGAUGAGGACACUCUGGAUAGAGCUGCUAGCUACUGGCUACCGUUAAUCAGAAGAUGCUCGUCUGACAAUCGAUGUCCAGUUGUGCUUGUAGGCAACAAGAUUGAUCUCGUGGAUUAUUCCACCAUAGAGGCUGUAUAUCCCAUUAUGAAAGAGUUCACGGAGAUUGAAAGUUGCAUAGAGUGCUCGGCAAAAACACUUCAGAAUGUCUCGGAAACAUUUUAUUAUGCACAAAAGGCAGUUCUGCAUCCGACUACACCUUUAUAUAAUUAUGACACACAGGAGCUUACAGAAGAAUGCAAAACUGCCCUACAGCGAAUUUUUAAAAUAUGCGAUGUAGAUAACGACGGACUUUUAAACGAUAUGGAGUUGAACGCAUUUCAGCAGUGGUGCUUCAACACACCGUUACAACCGCAAGUGCUGGAAGAUGUAAAAGCUGUACUAUCAAAAAACAUCUGUGACGGUAUAUGUAAUGGAUGUGUCACGAUGAAAGGUUUUAUGUACUUACAAUGUUUAUUCAUACAACGCGGAAGAAACGAAACGACUUGGGCUGUGUUAAGGAAAUUCGGAUACGAUAAUGAGCUGCAAAUGUCAAAAGAAUAUGUUCAUCCUUCAUUGAAAGUCCCAUCCGGCUGCAGUACGGAAUUAUCGCACAAGGGACAGGAAUUCCUAACGUUAUUGUUUAUGCAGCACGAUCGCGAUCGCGACGGAGCUCUCUCACCCUUGGAAAUGGAGUCAUUGUUUUCGCGAUGUCUCUUCCCACCAUGGGGUGAUGAAUACAAGUACACCGUAGCCACGAACGAAAAGGGAUGGAUUACAUUUCAAGGAUAUAUGUGUCAAUGGGCAUUGCUGACAUUAACAAACGUUCGCAAAACCUUGGAAUACAUGGCAUAUCUGGGAUACAACAUGUAUCACAACGAGUGUCAAACAAGCUCCAUUGUUGUGACUCGUGAGAAGAAGGUAGAUCUGGCAAAAAAGCAGUCCAGCAGGAAUGUUUAUACUUGUCACGUUAUAGGACCGAAAAGUAGCGGGAAGACUACGUUAUGUAGAACUUUUAUCGACCCUAAACUCGAAAAACUGAACGACAAGGUAGUACCAUCAAACGCUCACGUUACUGUGAAUACGUUACAUGUGUAUGGGCAGGAGAAAACUAUAGUAUUGAAGGAUAUAAACGUGCUGAACGUUCAGGAUGCUUUAACACCAGCGGAAAUACAGUGUGAUGCGGCUGCUCUUGUUUACGAUGCCAGUAAUCCAAAGUCAUUCGAGUAUAUAGCACGUAUUUACAUCAAAUAUUUCGCAGAUAGUAAGAUUCCCGUUCUGAUAGUAGCGAAUAAAAGUGACCUUUCUGAGGUAAAGCAGAGCUAUUUGUUGCAACCGGCCGCCUUCUGCAGCAAGUACAAACUGAUGCCUCCGCAGCCAUAUAGCAUCUCACGAACGAUCCGACGUGAGAUCUUUGUCAAGCUAGCUACGAUGGCGGCCUUCCCCCGCUUUCAAGGAGCGUGGGUAUUAUUUUACCGAGACAGACACAUAAAUCAAUUCGGCCUAAUGCAAGGAGACUCCUUGGUCUGGUGGAAAGCAGGAUUGGGAAUCGCGAUCGCCACGAUCGCUGGUUACGUGAUGAUGCGUGUAUUAAAUACAGAAAAAAGAUAGUCUAUCAUAUUCGUGCUACUUGUGCGUGUUUAACUGCCUCUCCUCGAAUAAAGAAAGAGCCGUGUUAUAGAUAACCGCGUUAUAUAGGACGAAUAUAUAAAUAUAUAUAUAUAUAUAUAUAUAUAUAUAUAUUCAUAAA